UGUGCUGAUUGAAUAGUCUUACAGGGACACGUUACAGUCCGCCACACCCCCUCCCACCACUAGAUGUCACAAUCACACAGCAACGUCAUCAGAGGAACGUCACAAGGCGCUGUGUGCGAUCAGAAUGGAAAAAGUGUUGAAAUAUUCAUCUCGUCAUCCCAAACCCGCUGGCCUCAGCCUUCAGUAUGGCACAGCUGGAUUUCGAACCAAAGCGGAACAUCUGGACCAUGUUAUGUAUCGCAUGGGUCUGCUAGCAGUGUUGAGGUCAAAGAAGACCAAGUCUGUUAUUGGGGUCAUGGUCACUGCAUCUCAUAACCCAGAGGAAGACAAUGGUGUAAAACUUGUGGAUCCUUUGGGAGAGAUGUUGGUACAGGCUUGGGAAGUGUAUGCCACAAACCUGGCCAAUGCAGAGCAGCAGGAAUUACAGACGGUAAUGACUAUCAUAAUCCAGCAGGAGGAUAUAAAGAUGGACCAAAAGGCUUCUGUAGCUAUUGGGAGAGAUACAAGGCCAAGCAGUGAAAGUCUGUCCCAAGCGGUGAUUGAUGGAGUAACUGCCCUGGACUCCAAAUAUCAAGACUAUGGUCUGGUGACCACACCACAGCUUCACUAUGUUAUCUGCUGCCGGAAUACAAACGGAGAAUACGGAGAACCAACGAUAGAUGGGUACUACAAAAAAUUGUCUCGGGCAUUUAAUGAGUUGGUCAAACAGGUUGCUGACUGUGGGGAUGGACGCUUAUACUUGAAUGUGGAUGGAGCAAAUGGUAUUGGUGCUUUAAAGCUGAAGGAAAUGGAAAAGCAUCUGAAUUCAGUGCUUUCACUUAAACUUUAUAAUGAAGGCUGCAAAGGGAAACUCAACUGUGAAUGUGGAGCAGAUUAUGUCAAAGUACAACAGAAACCUCCGCAGGGUAUUGAAGCGAAACCCCUUGAUCGUUGCUGUUCUUUUGAUGGAGAUGCUGAUCGAAUUGUUUAUUUCUACAAAGACCAUGGUGGAGUGUUUCACCUACUCGAUGGAGAUAAAAUUGCCACCUUAAUAAGCACUUUCAUCAAAGAACUGCUAGUGAAGGUUGGCUUGAGUUUACAAAUGGCAGUUGUGCAAACUGCCUAUGCAAAUGGUAGUUCCACACGUUAUUUGGAAGAUGUUAUGAAGGUCCCUGUGUACUGUGCAAAGACUGGUGUAAAACACUUGCAUCAUAAAGCCCAAGAGUUUGAUAUUGGAGUCUAUUUCGAGGCUAACGGACAUGGAACAGUUCUGUUUAGCAAAACAGCAGAAGAUCAGAUCAGACAGCUGGCUAGUGAGGAGACCACUGAUGACAAAAAGAAAGCAGCUCAAACACUACAGAACACUAUUGAUUUGAUUAACCAGACUGUUGGAGAUGCAAUUUCUGACAUGUUGGUAAUUGAAGCUAUCCUAAGUCUCAAAGGUUUGACUGUGCAAAAAUGGGAUGAAAUAUAUACUGACCUUCCAAAUCGCCAGCUUAAAGUGAAGGUCGCAGAUAGAAAGGUAAUUGAAACUACUGAUGCAGAGAGGCGUACUGUGAAACCACCAGGGUUACAAGAGAAGAUUGAUGACCUUGUUAAUAAGUACAAUAUGUCAAGAGCAUUUGUGAGACCUUCAGGAACAGAGGAUGUAGUCCGUGUAUAUGCCGAAGCAGACACCCAGGACAAUGCAGAUGCUCUGGCCCACGAAGUGAGUUUAGCAGUGUUUCACCUUGCAGGAGGCGUCGGAGAUGUUCCAAAGCCUUUAAGAUGAGGAAUAACCGCUGCAGUGUAUAACCUAUUUUUAG